GACUGACAUGGCCACCGCAGCCCUUCUUUGCUCUGAAUACCUGCGAUGCCCUGUCUGCCUGGACCUGUUUCGGGAGCCAGUCACUAUUCCCUGUGGCCAUACUUUUUGUAUGGGCUGCAUCACCCAGUGCUGGUCAUUGCAGGGAGCACUGACCUCUUGUCCCCAGUGCCGCUGCUCGUUUUGCCCGGAUCCUCAACCCCGUCUCUGUAAGAACAGUAUACUUUCCCAGAUGGUGGAAGACUUCUCGAACACCCACAAAUACAGUGACAAACUUACUAUGUAUCCAGCUGGGAACACGGAGUUACCUAUAAAGAAUGAACAUCAACAUGCAACACCAGAAGCUGAUCUCAGAGAGGGCAGCGUGGACAGUGGAAGUCCAGAAUGUACCAAUCCCUGUGGCUCAUUGCUUAGACAGCGCAGGGCUGUGAGCCAGGCAUUUUCUGACAUGGUGCGAAUUCUGCAGUCCUCCGGGUUCCGACUACUCCAAUUAAUGGACCAAUCAGAGAGCGGGGUUUUGGAACAAGUAGGAAGAGAGGCAGUGGAAGAAGGACUCACUAUGGACACAAGGCACAAUGCCCAGGUAGUACCAGAUGGGCAACAGGAACCACUAAUGUCAUUGGAGUUGGAAAUGUCAAGUGAGGAAGAACAGGUUUGGGAUAGACUUCCUAUGGCUGUCUCCAAAUUUAAAGAGAGUCUGGUCAAGCUAUGUGCCGACCACAUGGGACGAAUGGCGCAGCAAGUGUGGACCACACGUGCCAGCUGUCUACCACCAUCUACAGAACUGUGGAGAAGCCCCUUAAUGCCACUUAUCCCAAGGGUACGGGCCGACUUUCUUCAAUAUCUACAGGACAUCAGUCUGGACCCAGAAACUGCUCAUCACAAUCUAUCUCUGAUGCAAGGGAACCGCAGAGUUUUGUGCAAAUUGCAGCCUCAGGCCUAUCCCGAACACCCUGGACGCUUUGACCACUACACCCAGGUUCUGGGACGGGAGCCAUUAGGCCAAGGCCGACAUUAUUGGGAAGUCCAUCUCUCUGGAAGCCGUGUGAGCUUGGGAGUUUCAUAUCACGGGAUUUCACGUAAAGGGCACCAAAGUCAUUGCCUGGCUGGGAGAAAUUCACAUUCCUGGUGCUUAGAGUGGAGUAGCUCCCGCUGCUGUGCUUGGCAUGAUGGACAGAGAGUUUUGGUUGCAGUAGGCCAGCAAGAGAGACUUGGUGUGUUCCUAGACUGGGAUGCAGGAAGUUUGUCCUUCCAUGAGAUAUCAGAUGAAAUGCCACUGCUCCACCGCUUCCGUGCAUCUUUUAUUCAGCCAGUCUAUCCCAUAUUCUUCAUUAGUUGGAACUCAGCGGUGUCCAUUGGAAUUGAACAUACAACGAAACAAUUUAUAAUGAACAAACGCUUUCAUAGACAGCUCUCUGCAAAUUUUUAA